AUGGUUCUCAGAAACGCCAAAACGAACAGAGAGAGAGAGAGAGGGAAAGUAGACAAAAAAACAGGCAGCCAAAAAGCCCUGAUUUCUUUACAACACAUCAAUUUUGCUUGCCACCUGUUAACACAUACCAAACCAAUGACAUCCAUUUCCACGAUACAAACAGUACUUAAUCAAGCAAGCAGUGACUUACAUUCAUUAGAUAUUCCAACAUUAAUUGAUCUACCUACUUAUAUACCCAAAUCAUCUCCUUAUAUCACCCAUUUAAAACUUGUUCAAAUUCAAAAUGCAUUAAGUCGAUUGGAUCAAGAUUUGAAUAAAUUCCAAAGGAAUAAACUAUAUAAUAAUUUACGUACUCAAUUGAACAAUGUUUAUAUUUCUGAAUUAGAUGAAAAAUUAUAUAUUGUUUCAAAAUUAAUUGAGAAAUAUGAUAAAGCAAAUUCACCAGAAUCUGAAUCAAAUGAAAUCAAUGAAAAAGAAGUUGAAGAUGAAGUCGUUGUUGUUAAAGAAGAAGAUUUAUCAUCAUUAAGAAGAAGAUUAUUAUCAUCAAGUAGUUCUAAAUUAGAUGAAAAAGAUACUACCAAACUUAAUGAAUAUCACGAAUCACUUCAAGAUGAUAUUUUAAAUGAAUUGAAUGAAUUAACAGCAAACUUAAAAUCAAGUGCAAUUACAUUAAGCUCAAAAAUAUUAGGUGAAGAUUUAAAUAUAUUAAAUGAAACUAAUGAAAAUAUUAUUAAAAAUUCACAAUUGUUUAAAGUGAUUGAUGAAAAUUUAAAUCAUUAUUUAUUGAAUAAAACUGGUGGGAAAAUAUCUAUUUGGUUCUUGUUGAAAUGUGCCGUGGGUUUAUUGAUUGGAUUUAUUAUCAUGUUGAUCUUUAUAACCAUAGUUCCAAGGAUAAGAUAA